UUUUCUACAUCGCACGCGUGUCCGGAGCUAUCUGAAGCACCUAUCAUAUUACAAUAACCGCCUCGUUGCAUCCACACACACACGAUGUCCCCCUCCCUUCUCCCCCCUCCUUGACCUCGACCCACACCCCCAAUGUUCAGCCAAUUCCAACCCAUAUCCCCCUCGGACGCCGAACUCGCCUCCGCAACGCUCAUCGAAGAAGGCACAUACCGCUUCCCCUCCUUCUCCGCCUCCGACGCCGUCACCCUCGGCCUCUCCCUGCGCAAGCGCUUCCGCGCCUCCUCGCGGCACGCCCGCGGCAAGGGCGCCCUCGUGUCCGUGCAGGACAUCGCGGGCCACACGCUGUUUGCGUGCACCGUCGGCGAUCUGGCGAAUCCGUCGGGCGCGGGCGAUGUCGGGCUCGAGGCGUGGGCGAGGCUCGAGGAGAUGGUGCGCGCGGUGAGGAGGACGGGGCAUAGUAGCUAUUACAUCGAGAGGGCGGUGAGAGCCACAGCGGCGGGCGCUGCGGCGGGGAAGCAGGGGCAGGCGGGGGCGGGGGUAGCGGCGGAUUUCGGGCGGGUGUGUGGCGGAGCGUUCCCCGUCUGGCUAGAGAACGCACACAGCUGCCCCAUCGGCAUCAUCGCGCUCUACUCGGGCUCGAGCCAGGAAGACCACCACCUCGUCGUGGGUGUCGUCCGGGACUACAUCCACAAGCAGACCCGCGACCUGCGUCCGCCCCCGUCUGCGCUUGGCGUCCCCAGCGAGCUGCCGCCGCGGUCGUCGCGCGACAGCCGGGAAUGGAUCGAAGAGCCCGCAGCGAGCCACUACACGGGGCGAUCGCAGUCGCCCUACUCGCCCCGGGACGACGAGGGGGACUACUAGUGACCAGUGAAGAUGUGUAUAGGAUUGAGAGCGUGCUUAGAAUAUACUUGGGACAUGAUAGGUGCGAUAGCGGGGGGUGAUUAUAGAGCGUUGCAUAGCUAUAAAGAAAUACUCGGAUCCGGAAGUCGAAGAUAAGUCAGAGGAAUGGGACAGCGCGUUCACUCGUUGUUCUCCUGAUGGGGUUCUGCGCGCUUCAGAACGCGCAGGUUCUCGUGUCUGAGGAAGAUCUGGCGCUGGGCGUGGGGCGAAGAGGGGUCCGCGUUGGGGUCGGCGUCGCGCAGCUCAUAGUUGGCCUCGACGUAGACCUUGGAGCCCUUGGUGAUCGUGCGGAGGUAGGCGUUCUGCGCGGGGUUGAAGGACACGACGUGGUGCCAGGUUGUGCCGCUUUCCUGGCGUGUGCCGUCGGGGUUGGCGGGGGGCGGGGGGUAGUUGGUCGUUGCGACGGUGUAGGAGACGUAUUCCUUGUCGCUCUUGGUGGUGCGGACUUCGGGGUCGCGGCCCAGUCUGCCAAUGAGGAUGAGCUUGGAGACGUCAUAUGCACGCGCUGACGUCGACGAGAAGGAGCGUGUGGAGGCGCGACGGAGGGCAUUGCGUGCU